GUGGGCUGAGGCCGGGGUGUGGCUGCUCUGUGGUACCCCCGUCAGUGAAGAGAUGCCAGGGUGGGGCCAAAGGCUCAGCGCCACCCGGGGCAUCCCCCUAAACGUCGGCGGGGGGGGGGGGGGGGGCUCCGGGCAGGCCCUGGUGACCACCGGCGGGGAGUCAGGCCUGGCUGCGGCACCCACGCCACGGGCUGCCAGAUGGUCGCCGCCAGACCCCAUAGCCUCCCUCCCCUCCUUCCACGUUGCGCAAAGCCCCGCUGCAGCUCGGAGGUUAUGCAGCGGCAGGGGAGCCCCACGGGUGCCACGCUGCCCCCUCUCCUGCACCGCCUCUGUCUCCUCCGUGGAUCUCACGCCAGCUCCCGGCUCCACCCUGACAGCAGUCUGGUCCUCACUGGGGGGGGCGGGGGCUGGGAGAGGCCAGCAGCUUCAGGUGCCACAAAGUGAAAAAGGAUGGGGACAGCGGGCUCUGCAAGGUCCCCAGAAUGGGGUGGGGCAGCAGACCCAGCCAACAGUUCCUGUUUGGCCUUCCUUCCACCACAGCCAUCCCGCAGACUCAAGAGCGGGACCGGCCUGAGGCCUCCAGAAGCUGAGCGCGAGGGCCAGUCCUUGCCCUGGCACGUCGGGGACCACGGGAGGGUCCAGCCAGGGUGAAGGAGGCAGACGGGCGCUGGCUGAGCUGAGCACGGGGAGGGGGCCAGAGCUCAGGGGAGGCCGGCCUCGCUGGUUUGCCGUGUCUCCCGCUCAGAGGAACUGGAGAAGAAGGGGAAGGAACUUGACCUCCAGGCCCGGGCCCCCAGAGCUGGCCGGAGGGCAGCGGUGGGGGUGGAGAGGGCCUCUGGACUUCUGCCUUCCUUUUCCUGGAGCAGGCGCCGGCCCCCUACCUGCCAGCGUCAGGGACACAGCGACUCCUUCCCUUUCCACCCUGGAAAGCCCCCUCCCUGUCCCCACCCCCAUCCUGGGCUGUGGGGCCCGGAGGAAGAGGCCUGGAGCCCCCAAGGGCAGGCCCCUGCCCAUACUCCAGGCUGGCCGGGACCCUGGGACUUCCGUGGACCUGUGUCCUUGGAUGAAAGGAGAUCGCUUCCAGGUGGGGCCGGGUGCGGGGGCGCAGCUGUGAUUUCAGGGCGCCUCUGCCUAGCGGCUGCUGUGAUUUGAGAUCCUCGGGUGGCUGCAAGCGGGUGCUGUGGAUGAGCCAUGCUGGAUGCGGCCCCGCUCAGAGGCGUCGGGCAUCUGGGGAUGCUGGCCGGAGCCGCCCUGCUCUCCACCCUGUGGCUCCUGUGGCAGCUCGGGUGGGCCCCCGCGAGGGUCCCCGCGGCGCCGCCCACGCUCACCGUCCUCGUCUGGCACUGGCCCUUCGCCGACCAGCCCCCGGAGCUGUCCAGCGACACCUGCGUCCCUUACGGGGUGGCCCGCUGCCGCCUGAGCACCAACCGCAGCCUGCUGGCCAGCGCGGACGUCGUGGUGUUUCACCACCGCGAGCUGCAGAGCCGGCGGGCCCGCCUGCCCCUGGCCGAGCGGCCGCGGGGGCAGCCCUGGGUGUGGGCCUCCAUGGAGUCGCCCAGCCACACCCGCGGCCUCGGGCGCCUGGGCGGCAUCUUCAACUGGGUGCUUAGCUACCGGCGGGACUCGGACAUCUUCGUGCCCUACGGCCAGCUGGAGCCUCACGCGGGGCCCGCCCCGCCGCUGCCGGCCAAGAGCGGGACGGCAGCCUGGGUGGUCAGCAACCUCCAGGAGCGGCAGCGGCGCGUGCAGCUGUACCGGCAGCUGGCGCCCCAUCUGCGGGUGGACGUGUUCGGCCGCGCCAGCGGGCGGCCGCUCUGUGCCAGCUGCCUGCUGCCCACCGUGGCCCCGUACCUCUUCUACCUGGCUUUCGAGAACUCGCAGCACCGAGACUACAUCACCGAGAAGUUCUGGCGCAACGCUCUGGCCGCCGGCACCGUCCCCGUGGUGCUGGGGCCCCCGAGGGCCACCUACGAGGCCUUCGCGCCCGCCGACGCCUUCGUGCACGUGGACGACUUCGGCACGGCCCGAGAGCUGGCCUCGUUCCUGGUGGGCAUGAACGAGAGCCGCUAUCGGCGCUACUUUGCCUGGCGGGACCGGCUCCGCGUGCGGCUGUUUGGGGACUGGCGAGAGCGCUUCUGUGCCAUCUGCACCCACUACCCCCGCCUGCCGCGAGACCGGGUCUACCGGGACCUCAAGGGCUGGUUCCAGGCCUGAGCCCUGGCCGCAGGAGGAGGCAGAGGGGGGCGGCCGGGCGCUGGCGGUGUGGGUGGAAGGCUGGAUGUUGAAAUCAAACCACCGGGCAUCCGGCCCUGAUGCGCAGCCGUGAGGGUAACAUGGAGGCUGGGGUCAGAGGCUAGAAAGCAGGGGUGUGGGAGGAGGGGGACGAUCUGGGCAAGCUGGGCAAGUCUGGAGGAGGCUGGUGAGCACUGGGGUGAGCGUUUGGCGGGGAAGGUUGAGAGCAGGGAGUUAGUGGGGGGGUGUGUUGCUAAUUGAUCACAGACACAGGCUCCCACGACCUCUGAGGACCUCCCUCCCCACCUUGGUGACAUGCCGGGCGAAUCGAGGCUGUGCCAGACACGGCGGCGGGGAGGGGGAGAAGGCCAGAGGCAGGGCGCUGGGCCUGGGGGGCAUGCCCUCCUGCAGUCUGUGGGGGGAAAGACCGUGCCCCCCCCCCGACCUCCUCUGUAAUGGACUGCUGGCCCGGGUCCUGCGGGCACAUCACCCUCGCCCUCCACGGUGCCGGAGCCCCGGUGUGCAGACCUGUGCCAGGCCUGGGGACACCACACAAGCACACCAGUUCGCUGGCCUCUCCCACCCGCGGCCCACUCUAGGGAGGGCAGCCGCCAGUAAAGGCACAACGAGAA